AGCGAAUGACGGCAUCGCUCGUGCCGGGGCAAGUGAGAGAGGGAGCUCCUCCCAUGACAAUUACCUCUCUCGCCGCACCACGCUAGACUGUGAUGCCUCGUGCUGCAAUCUCUGUCCUCCAUUCCGCCUCCAAGCGCAUCCAACUUCCCACCACCGUAGCCUUCACCUACCGACGAACAACCUACGCCGCCAUGUCGUCCGCUACCACUUUCUUCGACUUCACGCCCAAAGAUAAGAAGGGUCAGGAAUACCCGCUCUCAAACCUCAAGGGCAAGGUCGUCCUGGUCGUGAACACCGCGUCCAAAUGCGGCUUCACUCCACAGUUUGAGGGCCUCGAGAAGCUCUACAAAGAGGUCAAGCCAAAGCACGAGGACUUCGAGAUCAUCGGCUUCCCAUGCAAUCAAUUCGGCGGACAGGACCCAGGCAGCAACGAUGAGAUUCAGAGCUUCUGUCAGCUCAACUACGGCGUCACAUUCCCAGUUCUGGGCAAGACGGAUGUAAACGGAGAAAAGGCUGAGCCAGUGUGGGAGUGGAUGAAGUCCGAGAAGCCGGGCAUCAUGGGACUGAAGCGCGUGAAGUGGAACUUUGAGAAGUUCCUCAUCGGAAGAGACGGCAAGGUCAAGCAGCGAUGGGCCAGCACGAGCUCUCCAGACAAGAUCAAGGCUGACAUCGAAGCCGCACUCAACGAGAAAGCACCGGCUUCGUAAGCGUCGAAGGAAAGAACAAGAUUGAGCGAAUUAUACC